ACCCCCCAGCAAUUGACCAUGGCCUCAGAAGCAGAAAGAACAUUCCAUCGAUUUGCUGUCUUUGGAGAAUCAUCCAGCAGUGGCAAUGAAAUUACCAACAAGAACUUUUCCAAACUCUGUAAAGACUGUGGCAUCAUGGAUGGCAAGGCAGUGACCUCCACAGAUGUGGACAUUGUGUUCAGCAAAGUGAAGGCCAAGAAUGCCAGAACCAUCAACUUUCAACAGUUUCAAGAGGCGAUGAAGGAGCUGGGCCAAAAGCGCUUCAAGGGGAAGAACCCAGAUGAGGCUUUGGAAGAUGUUUUUAAACUCAUGGAAGGCAAGGACCCUGCCACCACUGGUGCUACUAAAGCGACCACAGUGGGAGGAGUAGACCGGUUGACAGACACCAGUAAGUACACUGGAACCCACAAGGAGCGCUUUGAUGAGAGUGGCAAGGGAAAAGGUAUCGAAGGACGGGAAGAGACCACUGACAACUCAGGCUAUGUGAGUGGCUACAAGGGGGCUGGCACCUAUGACAAGAAAAGCCAGUAGAGUGCAGCCCUCUUUGCCUGCUAGUUUCCUGACCUGGUGUUUUUAACACCAGGAAAAAGAUCUAGGAACUAAUAAACAAUGUGUGUGCAGCA